CUACCUUGGAAACCAGAAAAACAACACAACAUUUUGACAUAAUGUAAUUGGAAGCGUCGAAAUAACACAGUAGAUCGUUAACGUGUCUUCGUCCAGUACCUGAAAUAUAUAUCGACAAGAAGAUGGGUCUGCUUGCUAUUUUACGGAAAUUACGAUCAAAUCCUGAUAAAGAGUUGCGAUUGUUAUUGUUGGGUCUGGAUAAUGCCGGAAAAACAACAAUCUUGAAAUCUUUGGCAAGCGAAGACAUCACGCAGGUGACUCCAACACAAGGUUUUAAUAUAAAAAGUGUCCAGAGCGAAGGUUUUAAAUUGAAUGUUUGGGAUAUUGGUGGAGCUAGAAAAAUUCGACCUUAUUGGAGAAAUUAUUUUGAGAAUACGGACGUACUUAUUUACGUCGUUGAUAGUGCGGAUAUCAAAAGGCUAGAAGAAACAGGACUGGAAUUAUCAGAACUUUUACUAGAAGAAAAGUUACGUGGUGUGCCAUUAUUAGUAUAUGCGAAUAAACAAGACUUGGGACAUGCCGUAACAGCAGCUGAAAUAGCAGAGGGACUCGGUUUACAUAAUAUUAAAGAUCGUGAUUGGCAAAUACAAUCAUGCAUCGCUGUCGAAGGCAAGGGCGUGAAGGAAGGUUUAGAGUGGGCAUGCAAAAAUAUUAAGAGGAAAUAAUGUGGAAUAAGCACGCUAGGAAAGUCGAGAAACGUUCCCUAGUAGCAAAAAAUAUUGGCACAAUAUUGGAAAGUAAUAUAAAAACAAUGUAUUUUUAAUAUUGGUCCAAUAUUGUAAAGUGGACGCUUUAUCUUAUUUAGUCAAUUUGUUUAAGCAUAAAUAUUGGUUCAACAUCGAGGUAAUAUUGAGCUAAUCGAUUUUUCAUAUUGGAUAUUAAUUGCAUUCUAAUUUAAAGCCAAUAUUUUGUGAUCAAUAUUGGCGUUCUAUUGAGAAACAUUGGGAAAACAUUGGCCAAUGCAUUCCCAAUGUAACUAAUAUUUAGCCAAUAUUAGCCAAUAUACUGCCAAUAUAUUUUGUUACUAGAGUUUAUGCCACAUUAGGGCGCACGAAAGGAACAAGCUUACACCAUCUUUAUUGUACAUUUCACACAUAUAAUUUUUAUUUAUCCUUUAACUACUAUUUACAAAAAGUUAUUAAAAACAUUGUUGUUUGUGGAUUCGACAUGAACAUACGAAUAUCAAACGUAGAUUUCUACGAACUCGUUGUCAUAUCGAAUGUAUCCAAUUAUCAGACUUCCGUCCAUUUUGGAUUUAAAAAAUUCUAUUUUUCGCAUAAAAAAGAAUCUGUAAUAGCGAGUUCAUAAAAUAUAUACUGCAAAUUAACGUGCCUUCUUGCUGUUUUAACUGUAACUUUAGAAUAGAUUAAAUUUUUAUAGAUUUAUCUAGUGAAAAGUAAUAAAUGUGGAACAAGAGGAAAAAGACACGAUAUGUAAUUUAUAUAAAUACAAUUAUUAAUACAAUAUUUAUAUUUAUACGUAAUAUAGAGAUUUGAGCACCACAUAUUAUUGCGCUUGCGAAGAAAAAUCGCGGAGAGACGCGCUAAAAUGUGCAGCAUGCACGAAGUAUCCAUGAUUGCACUUCCAUUUAUCUAAAAUUUAGAUUCUAAAUCGACGAAUAUAUACUAUAUAAGCAAAUAAAAGAAUUUGUAAUUUAAAUAAUGCUGUUGGUUUAACAGCUUUGUAUUCGAGAUAAUAAAAAUCUGUACUAUUUAGGA